GUGCAUUCAAUGCGCCUAUCUUCCCCGGAACAUAUUAUACAAUACACACGAAAUAUACAAAGCGGCCGGAUGUUUUAACAAAUACAUAGGAGACAAUAGUUUUCCUAGUUGUCUGCAUGGGAUUGUCAGCGGCCCACGGGCCGCCGCGGGAACGCGAUAAUGAAGAAAUGGCUAUCGGAAGGAAGGUAAAAAAGAAUGGGGCCAAGUGGUGCGGCAUGGCCAAGGUGUGCAACCACGACCGGGUGCCGGUCUGCGGCGCCAACCACGUCGGAGACAUCAUGGGGUUCCGCGACCUCUGCGACAUGUUCGACUUCAACUGCAUCCGGAGAAGGAACUAUAGACAAAUCAAUUGUCCUGAAGACAAAUCAGUCCUGACGGCAUCACGGCGACCCACGGGCACCUUCUACGAUGAAUAA